UGGGACAGACAGACUGCAGGACCACAGCUACUGAGACUGGAUUUGUUUCUGGAUCUGGUCUAAUGUGGACCAGGUUUAGUGAGCACUAGGACCAGACCUGGUGUCUCACUGAAUCAGAGUGUUUUGUUUUCUACUCUGGAACAGAUGAUGAUGAUGAAGGACAAAGUGUGUUUCUUUUCUGGAAACUGAUCUGGAUCACCUCUCUGCUGCAGUUUCUGUUUAAACUGGACUAUCAGCUGAAUCAGAGCCAUUCUGAGCCGAGCCGGGCCAACGCUGAACAUCUGAAGAAACAGGUUCACUCCAACCCUGUCCAGUCAGGUCUAGUCAGGUCUAGUCAUGCAGUCCCUGACUCAGGAGAUCCAGAGUUUCUCCCGGACGCGACUGAGGAAGCAGUGCACCCGGGUCACGUCACUGAGCGGCCGUCGCAUCAUUGAGACCUGGAAGGGUUCAACCAUCACUGUGGUUGAAGACCCCGUCCCCCCAGAGAAGGUGGUGGGAUACGUCCCGGACACUUCCUGGGACCUGCAGGUCGGCGUCAUCAAGCCCUUCCUGCUGAUGGGUUCUCAGGAUGCUGCACAUGACUUUGGCACUCUGAGAAAACACAAGGUGUCUCACAUCCUGAACGUGGCCUUCGGGGUGGAGAAUGUGUUUCCUGAUCUGUUCAUCUAUAAGACCGUCAGUAUUCUGGAUCAUCCUGACACUGAUGUGCUGCUUUACCUGCAGGACUGUUGUGACUUCAUCCAGCAGGCUCGCGCUGAGAAAGGUGUUGUGCUGGUCCACUGCAACGCUGGCGUGUCACGGGCACCAGCAAUAGUCAUUGGCUACCUGAUGUCAUGUGAAGGCCAGACCUUUGACGCUGCCCUCUCAUUGGUCAAAUCGGCUCGACCGGCCUCCUCCCCGAACCCUGGCUUCCUGGAACAACUGAGGAGCUUCAAAACACCUACAGUGAACGGAUCCAAACACUGAAGGAGGAAGAGAAGAUGAUCACGGUGGUUAGACAGUUUAAUAAUAAUAGUAAUAAUGAUUAAAUUUAUUUGCAUAGUACAUAUUAAAACCAGCAUCACAGUAUAAGAGCAAAAUAACUUUGAUUUUUAAUGAGAAAUAUUGAAUGUGACUGAAAUAAGCUAAAUUCAAAAGACAUUUUCUCUCUUCCAUUUAACUGUAGGCUUUUUAUUAGACGUGCUUUAAUUUGUCUUUUCCUUUGUUUUGGAGACAAAAAGACAUAAUUUUCUUGUCUGCGUGUUAUUACUGAUGAUGUCUUCUUCUUCUUCUUCGUGUUUUGAUGCUGUCAUUCUGUCUGAGUCAUCUCUGUGUUUUGUUAAAUUAAAUCUCUGCGGGGGAGUUUCGUCCUCUGCAUUUGACCCAUCCUCACUGUUUCGGAGCGGUGGGAAGCCACAAACUCCACAAUGUUUUAUUUCUAAAAUGAAUAAAAACUUAAAUGACAGAAGUAAAAAAUGUCUGCUGUAUCUGCUCAAUUUUAUUACUUCGAGUAUGAAACCAUCCGUCAUGAAGUCUCAUGCACGGACAAGUGCGUGUGCUUCAUCUCUGCUCAGUGGAAUUCACAAGAAGAGACCAAACACAGGCACACCACUCUCAUACAGAA